UUUGUUUUCUGCCCUCCCUCCUCCUCCUCUUUUUCCUCUCGUGCGUGCUCGCCACGGGAGCGCCGGUGAAACAAACAAAAGAUGCCGCUUUGAAUGGCACGUGCUCCGGGCGUCACUCACCUGUUUCCUAGCAACGGGCACAACAGAAAAGCACCUGUGGCUCUGAAUGAGAGGCAAAAAAAUGGUGGGGGGGUGAGCUUUUUAGGAACCAUUUAGGUUAAAUGUAUAAUACUUAGCAAAGGAUUAAAUCUCAAAGCGCUGCGGCUAAACGGGAAAGCUAAACACGCAGCUGAAGGCGCUCUGCUUUGUAGUUUUCACUGGCCGUAAGCAGCGAGCUAACACGCUUAUAUGAUGCCUGUGAAUCUGUUGUUAUUAAUUAUUAAUAUUAGUAUUAUAUUCGUACUUGCUUGUGGCGUGAAUUUGCCCUGACGGCGUCUUGUUUUUAUCGUAAACACUGAUUAAAUCAGUCUGUUUGAAGCAAGAGCACGUGCGCAAAAAUUACCGGAAUUAAACUGUUUGUAUGUUGUGUGUUUUCUCUCUCUCUUUCACACACACACACACACAUAAAAAAAACAGAUGACAGAGGGAGUAAUUUUUAGGUCUCGCGCUCCGACGUCACCAGAACCUCGAGCCCCCCCCCCCUGCAUGCAAAUCACGUCUGCGCUCGAGCCUCUCCAUUGGCCGUCUCGCGCUCAUUUAGCUGCUGUCAAAGCGCGCGGCCCGGGCACGCUCCGGUAACUUUUCCCCACUACAGCUUCAACCAAAGUAAGCUCAAACAAGCGGUUUCCAUUCUUCUCUGCGCUCGUGGAUGACAGAGGGGGGAGAAAAAAGAGGAGGAAAAAAGAGGUGAAAACGGAGGAAGUGCGGGAGCAGGUUUACCUCUGAGCGGAUUUCAUCCCGUCUUUCUGCUUCUUUCUCUUCAUCCAUCUCUCCCUCGGAGGUUUAGCUGCUGCGCGCGCGGGCCAGCCUGAAUGUUUCUUCGUGUUUGACUGGUGUCCCACAAAGACGAGGUGAAUGUAUAGCAUCAUGAUGGAAACGGACUUACAUUCCCCCGUGGUGCCCCAGACCAACCCGUCCAACCCGGGGGGACACGCGGGAGGCGGAGGCGGGGGGGCCGGAGGCAAAGUCCCACAGGAGAGGAUCAAGAGACCCAUGAACGCCUUCAUGGUGUGGUCCCGGGGUCAGCGGAGGAAAAUGGCACAGGAGAACCCCAAGAUGCACAACUCGGAGAUCAGCAAGCGGCUCGGCGCAGAGUGGAAAGUGAUGACGGAGGCGGAGAAGAGGCCGUUCAUCGACGAGGCGAAACGGCUCCGGGCCAUGCACAUGAAGGAACACCCGGACUACAAGUACCGGCCGCGGAGAAAGACCAAGACGCUGCUGAAGAAGGACAAAUACUCGCUGGCCGGCGGGCUCCUCGGCUCCUCAGCGGCUGUGGGGAUGGGCGGCGGGCAGCGGCUGGAGAGCCCCGGAGGGGGGCACCCGGGGGCAAACGCAGGCUACGCCACGCACGUGAACGGCUGGGCCAACGGCGCGUACUCGGGCCAGGUGGCGGCGGCAGCGGCGGCGGCUCACGCCAUGAUGCAGGAGGCGCAGCUGGCGUACACGCAACACCCGGGCACCGGGGCUCACCCUCACCACCCGCACCAUCACCCGCACCACCACCCCCACAACCCGCAGCCCGUGCACAGGUACGACAUGAGCGCCUUAUCUUACAGCCCCAUCUCAAACUCUCAGAGCUACAUGAGCGCGUCUCCGCCGGGCUACGGUGGCAUCACCGGCUACACCCACCAGCACCAAAGCUCCGGCGUGUCUCCGGUGUCCGGGGCCAUCGGCGGCACUUUGGGGUCUCUCGUGAAAUCUGAGCCGAGCGUGAGCCCGCCGGUGUCCACCGCGCGCGCACCGCCGCCGUGCCCCACGGGGGACCUGCGGGACAUGAUCAGCAUGUAUCUGCCGACCGGUGAGGUGGCGGGGGACUCCUCCGUUCAGAGCAGACUGCACGUGCUCCACCCGCAGCACUACCAGAGCAGCGGCUCCACUCCGGUAAACGGGACGGUUCCUCUGACCCACAUUUAAACCCCCCCACAUGUCCUGCAAGCACCACAAACCACAACCAAAUAUUUACACUCUAGAUGUGGGCGCGAGCUGCUGAUGAAUUGUAAAUUAUAGGCGGUUAUAGC